UUGAGAAAUCCCCCAUGUUAACAGGGACUUGUCAUGGGUAUCGGUUGCGGCCAGGCUGUCAUUGGCUGCUUAAUGGCAGAGCGGCGCCCCGUCCAAAAAAAAAAAAAUAAGCGGAAAGCGGAGCUGACUGGCUAUUACACGGUUGACACUACUCGCUAACUUGAUCUAAUGGAACUGCCUCCAAACUGGGAAAUCCGCCAUUCUCGUACAUAUGGCAAAGACUACUACUUUAAUACGCUGACUAAGGAAAGUCGGUGGGACGCCCCACCGGUGGGCGAUAAAGAGCGCGUGAGAGCUAGUCAUUUGCUCGUCAAACACAAGGACUCGCGUCGACCUAGUUCCUGGAAGGAAGAAAAUAUCACACGCACAAAGGAAGAAGCUCUGGCCAUCAUCCAAGAAUAUCAAACUAAGAUUCAGUCAGGAGAAGAUACCCUCUCUGCUUUAGCCACCAAUCUGUCUGACUGCUCAAGCGCUAAGCGGGGAGGCGAUCUAGGAUACUUUGAACGGGGUCAAAUGCAAAAACCCUUUGAGGAUGCAGCAUUUGCCCUUGAAGUUGGACAAUUGUCGGAACCUGUGUGGACUGAUAGUGGAUGUCAUCUCAUUCUGAGAACAGCAUAGGGAAUUAUGGAUGAAUAAAAUAAAAAUAAAACCGUUCUUUUUUCUUCCAAACUCAAAAU